AAAAAGCCCCAGCAUACAAAAUUUGUUAACCAUUCAGAACAUUCCACGUAGGAAAAUUAGUGGCAUUUGCACGCGCCGUUCUACUCGCGGGAGAGAAUGAUGACUGAUCAUCUCUUUUAACACCGAGCCACCAUCGUCUCGACGCUAAGGAGGGAAAAGAAGAGAACAAAGCGUGAGAGAGAUAGAGAUAAAUCCGGUUCUAGAAUCCCGGUUUAACCGCCAUACCGGUGGAAGAUUCUGCUUUACUACGCUCUCCGCUUCUUCUUCUCCUCGAUUCGAUUCUCCUCAUGGGUUUAUCAUGAAUUUUUAGGUUUUGAGUAAUUCAGAAACUCGAGUGAUGAUCCCGAAUGAUGAUGAUGAUGCAAAUUCUAUGAAGAAUUAUCCGUUAAAUGAUGAUGAUGCAAAUUCUAUGAAGAAUUAUCCGUUAAAUGAUGAUGAUGCAAAUUCUAUGGAGAAUUAUCCGUUAAGGUCAAUUCCGACGGAGCUUUCACACACUUGUUCAUUGAUACCACCUUCUUUACCAAACCCUUCAGAAGCAGCAGCAGACAUGUCCUUCAAUUCAGAACUCAAUCAAAUCAUGGCAAGGCCUUGUGAUAUGCUCCCUGCCAAUGGUGGAGCUGUUGGUCAUAACCCUUUUUUGGAACCAGGAUUCAACUGCCCCGAGACAACAGAUUGGAUUCCCUCUCCACUCCCCCAUAUUUAUUUUCCUUCGGGUUCUCCCAAUCUAAUAAUGGAGGAUGGUGUCAUUGAUGAGAUUCACAAACAAAGUGACUUGCCACUUUGGUAUGACGACUUGAUUACCACUGAUGAAGAUCCACUCAUGUCUAGUAUCUUGGGCGAUCUUCUCCUUGACACUAAUUUCAACUCAGCUUCAAAGGUCCAGCAACCAAGUAUGCAAUCGCAGAUUCAACAACCCCAAGCUGUUCUGCAGCAGCCUUCUUCUUGUGUGGAAUUGCGCCCACUUGAUAGGACAGUAUCCUCAAACAGCAACAACAAUAGCAACAGUAAUAAUGCAGCAGCAGCAGCUAAGGGACGUAUGCGUUGGACGCCUGAACUUCAUGAGGUUUUUGUUGACGCUGUUAACCAGCUCGGUGGCAGUAAUGAAGCAACUCCUAAAGGUGUCCUGAAGCAUAUGAAAGUCGAAGGUUUGACUAUUUUUCAUGUCAAAAGUCAUUUGCAGAAAUAUAGAACAGCUAAAUAUAUACCAGUACCAUCAGAAGGUUCGCCGGAGGCAAGGUUGACACCGCUUGAGCAAAUUACAUCUGAUGAUACGAAACGUGGGAUAGAUAUCACUGAGACUCUGCGAAUUCAGAUGGAACAUCAGAAGAAACUGCAUGAGCAGCUUGAGAGUCUAAGAACAAUGCAACUUCGGAUAGAAGAGCAAGGAAAGGCGCUGUUGAUGAUGAUUGAGAAGCAAAAUAUGGGUUUCGGCGGACCAGAACAAGGAGAGAAAACAAGUGCGAAAACGCCUGAAAAUGGUUCAGAGGAGUCGGAAUCCCCGCGGCCAAAGCGUCCGAGAAAUGAAGAAUGAAGGAAACCUUUCUUCGGAUGGUAGAUCAUAAAACUGUGGUUUUGGUGGAGUUGUAGAGUAUGACUUAUUAGGAGUAGAGCUUUCAGUCUUCUUCAGGCCUUUUCUCUUUUUUUUUUCUUUCUUAAAACUCUAAUUUUCUGAUUCUCAGCUCUCUAGGAAGAAACAAAUAAAGAGCAAUUCCAUCUUUGUGAUGUAAUUCUGAGUGCAGAGAUUUUAGAUUUAGUGUUUAGGUGGAUUUUAAACUAGCUUUUAUUUCGAGUUUCUUCCUGUAUACUGCGUUAAUUUCAUAAUUGCAUGUAUGGAAUCAACUCAUGUAAGUUAGAUUAAUCUUCGAAAAUAUUUUUGCUUUUGC